AUGGUUGGCACACAGCUGUCUCUUCUAUAUACCCGGUGGCGGAUCUACCUAGCUAGCAAGUUUGCCAAGCAUGGCAAAUGGAUCUCGCAUCACCAGACACGCACCAUUCUCCUUUGCAACUUGGUCAUCGCCUCCUUAUUUUACCCGGCCGUCGUGAUGUACUUGCUCACGACAUCGGAAGACCCUGCCUCGAGUACGAAUGCCCUUGUGUGUGAGAUCCGGGAUCACAUCGUACCGGGUGUGCAAGCAAACUGUGUUACAGGUGCGUGGACGCCGACCAACAUUUGGGAUAUGGCGCAUGCCUCGCUGCUGGAUCUGACAGGCACGACACGUUCUGACAUUUUACGGGAUACCUUCCCUGUGCAUGACCUCCGUCUGCUAUGGGAUGAGACGCCGAUUUUUCACAUGGUCGAAGUCCAUGACGAUGAACAUAUACCCCAGGUCCAUAUGGCGCAAGUGCUUAUCUCGACGGACGCCGUGCGUCGAGGCGGUGGCUCGCCGUACGGCGUGCUGGAGCCCCAUGUGCUGCAUGCAGCGCUGCUCUUGCAGCAAAUGUUGGAUGCCAAGCUAUUGGGCGAGCCAGGCACACCAUCCCAGUGUGUGCCACGCAACGAUACACAUGCUUGCUUGGUCCUUUCACCGUUGGAGUACUGGCAUCGCAAUGCGACGACGCUCCUGUCGGAUGCCCAUCCGGCCAAAUCGUAUACAGGCAAUCCUGGGCGCGCUGUGUCGGCGCCGCCUGUGGCGCCGCCGGCGCCGCACAGCCCCAUACCACUCCUGUAUUCUACGACACUCAGCAGCCGGUGGCCGUUUUUACCGCUGUUUUCGCGUGCAGAGUACGCCGUAUUGACGUAUUUCCUGUAUGAGACGGAUGCCCAGGCAUGGAAAACGCUGGUUGAGGAUGCGGCGGCGGGCGUAGCACCUGCGACAGUGACGCUGCCCGACAAUGUCGUUGCCGGCACUACGACGCUUUCAUUCACGCCGCAAGCGCAAGUCGCUCGACCACGUCUUCAUUACAAGGUGGUUGUUGCGGGCUAUGUGCUGUUGCUGGUGUUUAUUUUCCGUGAGCUCGUACAAAUGCGUCGCCUCCAUUCGCGGCUUGGUAUGGCGAUCACCGGGAGUGUCCAGCUCAUCAUUGACUUGAUUAUGAGUUUGAGUUUGUGUGCCUUGCUGGGUAUUCGGCUGACGGCGGUGCCAUGGUCCAUUCUUCCAUUCACGGUCGUCGUUGUAGGCAGCGAGACGAUGCUGUUUAUGAUUCGCACAGUGACCAACACGCCUCUGUCCCUCACGGUUCACUCGCGCAUUGCGUAUGGACUGAGCCAGGUGGCUGCGCCCAUCACGAUAUCCGCGGCGUGCGAUGUGCUCUUACUGAUCUUGCUGGGCUGGUGGAUCCCUGUGGAAGCCGUGUCUCAGUAUGUGCUGUUUACGAUCUGUGCGCUGGUGGUGGACUAUUUCAUGCAAAUGACGUUCUUCGUUACGGUUCUGAGCAUCGAUAUCCAGCGCUUGGAACUGGCCGAAGUGUUGAUGCAAGGAGCGCGUGUGCAACAAACAGAGGCGCAAAUGCCACAGUCCGAUACGCCGAUGGAGCGACGACUGUAUCGGCCCAAUUCCCUUACGGGCCUUCUUUUGUCGUUGGUGCGUAAGGCAUGGCGCGCUCGUGGUCCCCGUGCGUGGAGUAUGACGGUCCUUGGCAUGGCGCUUGUCUCGAUGGUCCUCAUGUACUGUCCUACGUGGCUGCGCCAAAGUCACGGCUGGCAUCGCUGGUUUGAUGCUAGGGAGCGUCCUGCGGCCUCCUUGGCGUCGUACACCGAUGCAACACUGGAUGCUAGUCCGUAUGGCGCAGUAUGGCGUGCUCUCAACCCUGCACGGUACCCGUACGUGCGUGUCGUAGUGGAGCCAUGGGCACUGGUCUCGUUCCACGGGACAGGCGCGCCAUGGUCGCAUACGCACCCUGUGGCUGGGCCCUGGCUUGAAGGGCUGUUUUUUGGGCGGCGGAGCACGACGCUGUUUUUGCUGCUGCUCUUUGUCGUGGGCCCUAUUGCGCUCUCGAUGCUGAUCCUUUCGUUGGUCCUCAAUUACCUGCAACAAAACUCGGACAAACUUGCCUCGCCCUCGUCGCACCAGGCGGGCGACGAUGCGGAACUGCAUCGGCUGUUGCAGGCCGACGAUCACACGCCAUACGAUGAGGUGCAUUUGCACAUGACGGCUAUUACCGACGAAUUGCACAGCGGCGCGAUUCUCUGCCUUUCCGCCGCACAGCAUGUUGUUGCCAGUGCCGAUACGCAGAGCUCCCUGCGUGUGGAAUCCUAUGGUGAGGCGCAUUUAUACGCCUUAGCGGACCUACGUAUGGAAAGGAAUUUGCCAGCCGAUGCCUCGGCGAUCAUGGCACUGGCUGUUGAGCCCAGCGAGGCGGCGUACAUUGCGAUUGGGCAGGCGUCAGGGCGUGUUUCAUUGUGGGACGUGGCGACCGCGACGUUGUGCGACCGGCCGCUUACUUUGUCGCUAGCGCCUGUACAGCAUGUGCUGUGGCAUCAACAGCAGCUUUACUCUGUGCAUGGCGACGGUGCCAUCUAUGCAUGGCCUGCUCACGUGCCGCCGCAGUGCGUCGCGGCGGCGCUGCCGCACGCCCGCGCAUGGACGGUGGCGACCGUGCACGGCCCCUCGACGACCUCGACAUGGCUCGGCCUCGCCUCGGCACGUGGCCAUUUGGCCGUGUACGAAUGGGGCGCAGAUGCCCGGCCUGCGCUGCUCGGCGUGGUGGAGCCGCCCACGUCGUCGUCGGCCUCGGUGUCGUCGACGGCGCCCAUGCGAUGUGCCCUGCUCCUACGGCCCUGCACGACAGAGCUGGAUCCCAGCGACCGGCGUGCUUCGCCGCCGCGUCAUACGGCGUCGCAGGAGACCAAACGGUACAUUAUACUCGCCGGGGAUCACCAAGGUCACUUGCACAUGUUUGCUCUGCCAUCGGGGAAGUGUGUAUGCACCCUACCGCUUCGCGAGCCCUCGUCGGGUGCGUACGAAGGUGCGAUUCGGUCGAUUCAGCGUAUAGCAAAGCGCCAUGCUCUCGUCCAGACGCCGCAGCGUGUAUGGCUCGUCGAAUGGCAAGGCGUCGAUCCUGAAGAGUGGCAGCUGGUACAUACACUGAGCCUGCCGAACGCACGUGGGACUGCUGUGGUGUAUACGUACCAGCACGAGCUCUGCGUCCUGGGCCUGCGCCGCACGACGCACGGCGACGCACGCUGGGAAGUAUGGCGCGUGCCGGCGGUGACCUCGCAGUCACCCGCGACGCUCAUGGAGGCGGUCGAGCGGCAAGCCGUCCCGCUGGAAUCGCUCCUGCGCACGGCCGUACGCAACUCGGUCGCCCAAGGACGGCACCCCCCCGCCCGCCUUCCACUUCUCACGAGCCGCAUCGAUACCAUGAUAGCAGCGCCCACGACCUCGUCGGAGGCGCGCUGGUAUAUCCCCUUUGGCAGUGCUAUGUUUUUGCUAGAAGCACAGUCCUUUGUAUAG